CGAGCUGCCGCAGCAGUAUGGGCAAAGCGGGUAAGGCCAAGGCGUCCACUUCCCAGCCGCAGGAGGCGAGGAAGCCCGCGGAGGACGACGACGACGCCAUUCUGAGCGCGGCGAUCGCCGAGAACCGCGUCUUCAAGGAGAAGGUGGCCAGCGAGGCUGCCGCCUCUGCCGCCGCCGCGUCCGCGAUCACCGCGGCGCUGGACAAGCUUCCGGUCUUCGCCAUCGCCGACGCGGGCAGGCCGCUGCAGUACACGGUGGGGAGGCGGAAGCUAGCGGUCUUCUACGCCGACGUGGCAGCCGCCAAGGCGCAGCAAAAGGCGACCGAGCGCCAGGUUCCCGGGUGCGACCUCAUCGCCGUCGGCCUCGGCGGCGCCUACCGGCUCUCGUACGACGGCAAGGCCGCGAUCGUGCCAGGCGUGGCCGAGUUGAGAGCGGCCGGCGCGCCCGAGGGCGCGCAACCAAUGGGGCAGGACCUGCCGCUCUUUGCGUGCACCAAGCUGGGGCGGUACGUCGACGGAGGGUUGGUGAUGCCGCUCUUCAUGAGCCAUGCGGACUGCGCGGCGGCGGUGGAGGCGGCGGCGAACGCGGACGCGCCGGAGAGCGAUGGGCCCGCGCAGAUCAGCGCCCUCUCUCUGCAGAGCGUCGUGGAUCAGCUCGGCGACCCGUCCUCUCCCGCGUUUUCCUUUGUCGCGCCAUCCAGCUCGGUGGAGCACAACGAGCGCUACGUAGGCAAGGGCGUGUACAUGAGACGGGUCGAGCCGGAGCCGGAGCCGGAGGACGUGCCCCCGCCGCUGGCGGCAGACAAAACGGGACAGUAUAUGGCCUUUGUCGCGUUGCUACCCGCCUUCGUGCCCGCCUUCGAUCCCGCCUUCGUGCCCGCCUUCGUGCCACACGCCGCUCCCUUCGCCGGACUUUUGCCUGCGUCCGCGCGUGCGUCCGCCGUCGUGGCCAAGGCCGCCAAGCGCAAGGCCGCCGCCGGGAAGCGCAAGCCCGCCAAGCCCGCCGCGUUUGACCUCAAAAAGGCCAUGCUGGUCGCGAUGCGAGCUCACCAGGAUCUGUGGCGGCUCGACCCGCAGAGGGAGUGCAGCCGCGAUGUGUACGUGCGGGCAGACGGCGGCUCGCGCUUCUUCUUUGCGGGCAAGGCGGUGGGCGCCGCCGGGCGGUGCGACGCGGCGUCGGCCGUGCUCUUGCAGAAGCGCGCUAUCUUGGAGCACGCGCGGCUCCUCCAUCCGGAGCUGGAGCAGAUGCACCGGUUGAGCAGGCCGCUCCAGCUCUGGGCCGCGCCGGCCGACUCGGAGGUCUCCGUGGCGCGCAAGGUGCAGGCGCUAGAGUCGCUGGAGGGGGCAAGGCUUUCGCGUGCGAUGCGAGAGGACGCAGACGCAGGCGCAACGCUCGCCGGCUUUGACCCCGACCAGCCCGAGAGCGACGGCCGCGCCGGCUUCUCGGCGCCGCCCCGGCCCGGCGGGGUGCGGCUGCCGGAGGACGGCGUCCCGGUCGCGCCGCUCGAGGUGAGGUUCGCGUCCAGCGUGGCCGAGGCGGAGGCGAUGGCGGCGCAGGAGCAGGAGGCGAUGGCGGCGCAGCAGCAGGAGGCGAUGGCGGCGCAGCAGCAGGAGGCGAUGGCGGCGCAGCAGCAGGAGGCGAUGAGAAAAGAGGAGGCGGCGGCACGCCCCGGAGCAGGUGGAGGCAUGCCAAAGCCGGUCGCGCCGAAGGUGACGGGCGCGGCGUCAGCGGCGGCGGAGUCGGCGACCGACUCUCGGGAAGACUCCGGCGGCGGCGUCGUGGGUCCAGCGUCUGCGUGGUGGGCCCGGUGAGAGGGAAGCACUGUAGUCGGCCGCCGACCAAACAACUC